AUGGACGACAUCCCGCCGAUUAUCAAUAUCUCCAUCUCUCUGAAAAUUCAGCCCAACGAGGGUCCGGUGUUUUUCAAGGUGGAUGGUACCAGAUUCGGUCAGACCAGAACAAUAAAGCUGCUCACAGGAUCCAAAUACAAGGUUGAGGUGGUUGUGAAGCCAUGGAAAGGUGAAGCCACCAACAUGAAUAUCGGCGGUGUCGUCUUCCCACUGGAGCAGCAGUCUAAAGAUGAAGAGUCGGUGGUGUACCAUGGACAGUAUGACACAGAGGGAGUUCCCCACACUAAGAGUGGAGACAGACAACCUGUCCAAGUCAGUAUAGAGUUCCCCCAGGCGGGGCAGUUUGAGACUGUGUGGCAGGUGAAAUACUACAACUACUACAAGAGGGAGCACUGCCAGUUUGGGAACAAAUUCAACGACAUUGUGUACGAAUGCAAGCCCAAUGAGACGCGCAGCCUAAUGUGGAUCAACAAGGAGGUGUUCAACUGA